AUUGGUUUACCUAAAUAAACACUUCGUGACUUAUAUAAUGUAUGGUUAUGUCAUGUUGGCUUUAAAAGCAUGACAAUACAUGUUUUUCAAAUCCGACCCAGACACAAUUAAGCAAUGUUUGACUGGCACGUUCACUUUUUGUCGUGAAAGUUUUUCAAACACGAGAGGACAUGAAUAAUAUUACUGAUAUAACUGUUUCGCCUCUGACGAAGUCUUCGUAUUUGAAGCCAAUUAAAAUUAAAUACUCUCAGAACGGUGUCGACAAGGAACAGCAUUUGCUCAAGGUUCAUAACAGUGUGGCAGUUCUUCUUUUCAAUACUUCAAGAAAUGUGUUCGUUUUUGUUAAACAGUUCAGGCCAGCUGUAUACUACGCCAACCUUCCAGCCCACGAAGAUAAUGCUGAGAUUGAAACAAUAAAAUAUCCCAGUGAACAUGGAUUCACGUUAGAGCUGUGUGCGGGAAUUUUGGAUCAAGAGCUUCCGCCAGAAGAAAUCGCUCGGUUGGAAGUGCUGGAAGAAUGUGGCUAUGUCGUCCCUGCCUCUAACUUCAAGCAUAUAAUUUCCCUCAGGAAUACUGCUCUCACUGGAAGCAAACAAGCAAUAUUCUAUGCAGAAGUUACUGAUGCAAUGAGAAGUACAGAACCCACCAAAGAGCACAGAACGAUUGAAGUGGUGGAACUGAGUGUUGAAGAGGCUAAAAAAUACCUUCAUAGCAGUGAGGUCCGUAGCCCUGCCAUUCUGUUGUUUAGUCUGAUGUGGUUUUUCCAGAACAAACAAAAAUGAUAGAUGUCAUCUCGAAGAAAAGGAGCAGCAAAGUAAUCAUCAUGCACAUUGUUACGCAGUUAAAAUGUGUACAAUUGCAAGAUACAAUAUGCAUACGUAUUUCUAGUGACGAAAACUGGUUAAUACAUGUUGUCUUACAACUGCUAAAUAAACCUGAUUAAUUUUUCAACAAAAACUUCUUUAUUCAAAACAUUCUAUGUCUACUGACAUCACCUCUCACUGCUAAGGGCAACUUGAAUUGCACAUCUUGAGACCAGUGGAUAGGCAGAGGUUUGCUUGGCGAGGCCACUGAUAUAGCCCACUCGACACGGCUCUAUAAAUAAUUAAAUUAAUUAGAGUUUAAGAUGGGAUCACACCUCAGCAUUAUAUAUGUAUUUUGUUAAAUACUAGCAGCAACUGGCAAACACUUUUUUUUUUCUACUCAACAAACCACGAAUCUAGUUUGAACAAUUGUUAAGGCUCAGUCUCAUGGUUCAAUGCUGUUUGUUUUGAUUAUUACUAUUAAUUAAGGGAUUCUCCUGCAAAUUUACUCUAAUAACUCUCUUUUAUUUGUUUUUGGCUCAUAAUUUUUCUCAACAGAUAUUUUCUGAACCUAAUCUUUGAGCUGCAGAAAGUCAAGCAAUUGAUCCUAAUAAUAAACACUUGCAUGGCUUUUUAUCUUUAUUAAUUAACAUUUAGAAAAUAUCUGUUGAGAAAAUCUAAAACAUGGUAUGUAACACAGACCUUAAAGCCAACAUUUGAAGCUUAGUGUAAUUAUUAUUGUCAUCUCCAGUCGCUCACGAGAGUAAUCGCUAAUCAGUUAUUUUUUACCAGCAGUUACAUGAUGGAACAUAUUAGUUUACAUUCAUUGAAUUUAAUAUGGUAUUAAAAAAAUAAAUUUUUAUAAUCUGAGUUGAGUUUUGAUUAAAUAUGCUGAUAAUUCCAUGAUUUUUUGUUGCAUUUUGGUGCUUUAUGGUGCAUUAACUAGCAUUCCGGGGUUAUAGGGUGUAUUUUCAGUGUUAUUUUGGCUAUAACCUUGUCCCUAAUCAUGGCUGGUCCACACUCACUGGCUAUAUUUCCCACUUGUCCAAGCCCUGGGCGUGACAUCGCCGGGACCAAGCGCACAGCCGGCAGCAGUAACAUGCACGUUGCACGCUGACUGGAUCACUAGGUGUCCGAGCGGCACCAGCGUGUCUGUUAAAAAUCAUUCGCAACUGAAAGUUUCCAAAAUGUGAGUGUUCUGUAACUCUUAUCACAGCCACGAAGUUGAUUUCUAGAGAAAAAGGAGAGGGAAGUAAAAGUGAAUCCAGUGAAAGGUCUUUAAUCCGGCAUGCCCAAAACCGCUGUAUUAGUGGGUUUCCUGAAUUACUGAACGUCAAUAUAGUUUUAAAUAGCAUACCAAAAUUAAUUUUUAAGAGAGGAUAUUUUGGUGUCAUUGGUUUUAUUUUCUAUGAUAUAUUUUUAUUAAAAAAUUGCAUAUUACUAUUACUGAAUAUAUGACAAAUGUUCUAUAAUACUAAUUUCUCCAAAUAGUGUCAUUUUGAUUGACACAUGAUAUACUUAUGUAAUAUAGUGAUUUUUAAUAAGCAUGUCUAACUAUUCUGAACAAAUAAAAUUAAUUUGUAGUAUUUUAUGGGUUUGAAAAGUAUACUAACAUUAACAUCGUAAUGUAAAAAUGAGUUGCAAAAUUAAAAAGAAGUAAACUUUUACCUUUUUUUUUGCAUAAAAUUUUGUACAAUCUUUAUCCUAAAUAAAUUAUUUUCAUUCAAUUUAAUAUAUAAAAUACUACAUACUUAUUAGAGUUAAGUUUUGGUUGAAAAUACUGAUUAAGUUCAUGAUUUAAAUUGCAUUUCAUUAUUAUAUGUUGUAUUUGUGUGCUUUUUGAGUUUUUGGUGUUCUUUCGGUUUUACAGCAAUUUACCAUAAUUUUGUCCAUACAAACGUGAACUGUACCCCGCUAGAAAACAGAAUAUAAUAUAAAUGUUGAAUGUUUGUGAGUUAUCUCUCUUUCCAACACAAGUCUUCCAUUAUAACAUUUUGGUCUUUAAAAAAAAAAAAACACUUAAAAACUUAUUAAGCUCAGUUUACUGUAUAAACAAUUAACAUACAUAAAAAAAUAAUACUACACAAUAUCAUAAUAUAUACACAACUUCCACUCUUAAAGGUAGAUAAUAAUGAGUAAUAUGUAACUG